CCGAGAGCCCUAGGACUGAGCCACCCAACUUUCGCCCCGCGACUACAUCAGCUUGCAUAUGCCGCAGUGCAACCAAUUACGAGCCCCCUCAGCAUUUAAACCCACUGCCAACGCAUCACUCCAAUAGAUUGGGUGCACAUCCAGGCCCAACCCACAGUCACUGUAGCCAGAGCCGGCCUGCUUCAACCCUCGCGAUCUUAGAUCUCGCCAAACUUUACGCGAUACUUGACGGCUUCUCGUCAACCCACCUCCCAGGAUGAUGGAAUACGCACAAUACCAGCAACCACCGAGCGCACACACACCACACAUUCAAACGGGAUAUCCCACUUCUGCAGGCGGCAACAGCAUCACGUCGCCUUCCAACGCGCAUAUUCCGCAGCACACCGUCCAAACGUCGCCAAUUCUUCCGUCGCAAGGUCACCAACCAUCGCCGACACAAGCCCACAGCAUGUACUCACAAUAUGGCGUGCAGCAGAGCAUGCCCCAACAGAGCUUGCAUGGCUAUGGAAUGCCGCAGAUCCAGGCUGCGGCCAUGGCUGCGACGGCGGCUGCUUCAGGCUCCUCUUACCAGUACAUGUCGUCAGACCCCAAUCUGCAGCAGUCCCCGAGGAUGGCUGGCGUGAACGCGAAGAAGGACUCUAGAGGAGGUCCUCGGUCGCCGCAGCAGAUGAACCCUCAACGGCGGCUCAGCCAAGUUGCGAGCCCCGGUGUUCCUAAUCCCCAGGCAAUGCUCAACCAUGCCGGCCCACGCUCGGCAGUCCCGCCGCCGAUGACGGCUGCGCAGCAGAUGCCGCCGCCUCAGUCGCCCGAGCUGACAUCGGGCGCUGUAGAGGAAUCGCCGCUCUACGUCAACGCUAAGCAAUUUCACCGGAUUCUCAAGCGACGGGUGGCAAGGCAGCGGCUAGAGGAGGCUCUCCGGCUGACGAGUAAGGGUCGGAAACCAUACCUUCACGAGUCGAGACACAACCAUGCUAUGCGACGACCCCGUGGUCCUGGCGGGCGGUUCUUGACGGCCGAUGAGGUUGCCCAGAUGGAUAAGGCUGCCGGUGGAGAGACCAAGGAACCAGAACCGGUAUCAACCAAGACGGCAUCUGGCGCGACAAAACGAAAAUCGGAAGGCAACUCGAGCGCCCCAAGCAAGAAGCCGAAACGGGAAGUCGAGAGCCCCGAAGAAGAUGACGAGGAUGACGCGGACGACGACUGAAGGCGAAGUGUUUGAAAGAGGAAGAAAAAAAGCUUUAAAGUAUCGAAUCCUAUACCCCGCGUUUUGUUCUUGUUUGAAAGAAAUAUCAUGAUGUUACGACAAACACCCUACUCCUUUUGUCAGUCGCGAAAUCUCAGCAAGCGGGACGAGUUGGCGAGGAGUGAAGGAGCCCGAUAAGAUGCGUGAGAAGUUUUCUUUCCUUGCGGAUUGGUAACAAUUUUCUGCCUUUU